UCUUGCUGCAAGAUGGAAAUGUUUUGGUCAGCACUUUGCUUUCUUGCCUUUGUGAAGUCAGAUUCUGCAUCUCUGGUAAAUCUACAAAGUAAUAAUGGAAGAGAGUUUUAUUUUGGUUUUAUGUUACCAGUGUCUAGUUUUAUAAACCCAGUUGUCCUUGUGGACACCCUUAACACUUCCACGCGCUUCUCCAUUGAUUAUCCAAAAUCAAGGAAUAUUUCUAAUGUAGCUUCUAACAGGACUCAUGCAUACCUGUUCGUCAUGGAGGCAUCUAGUUUUUUUCCUCAACAAAUAAAUGAGUAUUAUACAAUGAAUAGCAAAGAACGUAAUAAAAGCUUUCGUUUGACUGUCAAUGAUAGCAGCUCUAAGAGUGUCUCCAUUAAAUGUUUUUUACGUGUUGGAAAUGCACAGCCAACUUCCUCAUAUUUAGCACUACCAUAUAUGGCACUGUUGGUUGAUGAAUAUGAAUACUAUGCCAUUUCUAUCGGUUCGGACUCUGGUUCCGAUGAAUGGAGUGCAUUACUGAUAGUUGGUAAUAGAAAUGAUACAGAGCUCUACAUAACUCCUACCGUAAAUGUGAGUCUCCCUAGAGACCUUCAGGACCCAGAUUCGGAAGAAAUUCUAAUCCAAGCUGGAGAGACAUUUGGAGCCACUUUGCAUUCUAUGCAAACUUUACUGAUAAGGAACAGGACAAAUAUAACAGGAACAAGAGUAGUGUCAAAUAGACCAAUUAGUUUUAUUAGUGGUCACUCUGCUGGAACUUUAGUUGCCAAUAAUCGCGAGCCAGUUUCGCAGCAACUGCUACCAACUACUCUUUGGGGAAAUUCUUUUCUCCUUGUGCCAUUUGUACCGCAAAACAUUGCGCAAUAUUUCAGAGUAUUGGCUUCUAUUAAUGAAACGGGAUUCACUUACUACUGCAGCAAUAAGCAAGGUUCAAAUGUCAGCAAUAUAUCUUCCGGCGAGGCCUAUAUGUUUUACGUGCCGCCACAAAUUCAAUGUUACUUGGAAGCAGAAAACCCUGUUUUCAUUACGCAGUAUCCUGAUAUUAGUAAUACUGAUGAAGGGGACGUUACCAUGAUAACUGUAGCAUCAAUGAACCAGUAUUCAAAUGAACUCAUAAUAUCACCAUUAAGGGCUAAUGGGGGUUCACCAUUAAGUCAUUAUGUUAGCAUUUCUGUACCAAUUGAACACUUCAAUGAAGAACAGAUCCUUUACAAUGACAAGCCAUUGGACACUGAAAAAUGGAUUCCCAUUAAUGACUCUACUGAAAUGAUUGUUGGCUAUAGCUACGGGUUUAAAUUUUUAUCAGAUGAUAGUUUAGAAACUCAUUAUAUUUUACGUCACUCUGAUCCAAAGGGUAGACUAUUUGCAAUGGUGUAUGGUUUUGCAGCUGGUAGGGCAUACGGAUAUCCAGCAGGCUUAGCUUUUCAACCAGAAAACAUUCUUGGUAUAAAAUUCUCUGAAGACAUGUAUAAUGUGAUUGAAGGUGACUUUAUCCUAUGGCUACCAGUCAUAAGACUAAGGCCUUAUAGUCAAAACAUCUCUCUUGCAUACUUUAUUGAAAAAUUCACUGAAAAUGGUUGGGCUGUUCUUGAGCGCGGACUUUUGACUCUCUUACCGUCUGAUGAUCGAGUAAAUGUCUCAGUUCCUAUAACUGAAGACAAGGUAGUUGAAUUGACUGACAUGCUAAGAGUUAGACUGUACUCAAUGCAAGAAGAGCUGAAAGAUACUUAUAUAUCUGCAUUUGUUAAUAUUGUGGAUGAUGACACAUACACAAUUGGGAUAUUAGAGCUGAGUUAUAAUCAGGAAAUGAAGUUGUUUAUGAUCACUGUUGGUGCUACUGAUGGUGAAUUGAUGUAUGGUGACUCUGUAGUUCUGUAUUUGAAUGCAACAAUAACUUAUCCAAAUGGUAGUCAACUCUUACUCCCAUUGGACUAUAAUCAAAUGACGUUUGGGACCUAUAGCUCAAGGUUUUCGCUCGAGUUUAAAAUAUCUCACUGGCUGCCUGAGAAUGAGACAAUAAGCAAUCACUCAAUAACGUGUGAGCUCUUUAAAAGUGAUAAUAAACCAGAGAUCAUAUUGGAUCCGAGUAGAAGUAGACUACUUCUCACUUCAGCUAUGCACAGUACAACAACAUCACAGCCAGCAACCACCAGUUCAACAACCAGCAGUUCAACAACUAGUAGUUCAACAAUUAGCAGUUCAAAUGGACAGCAUUAUACUGCACUACCUAACAUUACAAGUAUCUCAGUUGUCCAUGUAAAUAUUACCAUGAUAUCAACAGUAAUAAUCUAUGCUACCAAGAUAGUUACGGUGGCACCUAAUACAACCAGUCGUACUACAUUACCAACAUCUACUACUGAUACUUCACCUUUCUCUUCUUCUAUUAAUACUUCAGAUAUACUGCUUCCUUCCAUGGAGUCCGUUCCUUUGCAGUCUUCAGUAAGCCAUUCUCCUCAUCACUCGCCAUUAUUCUCAGACUUAUCAAGCAAAGCUACAAGCACUAGACAAUCUGUUAUACUAACAGCAUCGAGGACAAUUAGUAAAACACCUAUUACUGGAGGCUCCAUAGGGAAUGAUUCAUCAUCAAUGAUGAACCUCUAUCUAUCAAUAGGAAUCAUUGCUCCUUGUGCACUGAUACUAGUCAUUCUUUCUGGUGUCAUUUGCUAUUUCAGUGGUAAGCGGAGACAGAAGGGGUACACUAUUCGCGAUCGGGCAAAUACUGAAACUCAACUUGAGUUAUUGGAGCGGUCAAGGGUUGUACUUACUGGUGCAUCUGGAAGCAGUACUCUUGAGUCAGCGGCUACUCUACCAGCUGCUCCAGAACCAAAUGAUACCCCAACGAAACAAGAAGCACAGGACUCUCCUGCAGUACCUGCACCAAGUCCAGUUUAUGACAUUGCCCUUCGUGAGUCUACAAUCAGCACUUUUAAACCAGAAACGGAAGCUACUCAAGCUUCACCACCAGCUCAAGAUAUAGAGCUGCAGGCGAUUCAGAAUGAUUAUGAACCAAUAGCAUAACUCACUUCUCUUUCUUUCUAUGAACCUUUUUUGUAGUUUUUGUAUUAUAUUGUCAUCAUUUUAUGGCUUCUAUUUUUUGUUCAUUUUUGCAGAACUUUUCUAUUAAAAAUGCUAGAAACUAGACUUCAUUUUGUGUACUUUAA